AUGUGCAGUAUUACAGCAUUGGCUCACUUACGAGCUAUAUUGUUGUUCUUUUUGGAUAUAUUUGGGUCAUGUGGGUAUAACAUUGCCCAACAAGCAGUUUUUUUUCACAGCAUUAAAUCUCUCUUCAUGAACAAACCCUUGAUCAUUGUUUGCAAUAAGACUGAUCUGCAGUCAUUUGAUGGCAUAUAUGAGGAAGAUAGGAAGUUGGUCAUGGAGAUGAAAUCUGAAGCCUUGAAGACAGUGAUUGGUCAAGGAGGUGAGCCUAAAAAUGAAGAAGGGGUGCUAUUGACUAUGAGCACUUUGACUAAGGAUGGGGAAAUUACUAUGAAGAAUUCUGCUUGUGAAAGGUUUCAUGUUGCACUACCUAAACCACGAGAUCAGAAGGAUAGGCCUCCUUGCAUACCUCAGGCAAUUUUGGGAGCUAAAGCUACGCAAGCAACAGAGGAGAAGAAGAGAAAAAAUGAAAAGGAUUUGGAGGAGGAGAAUAGUGGUGCUGGUGUAUUCUCUGAUAGCUUGAAGAAUGACUAUUUAUUAGCAAAUGACGAAUGGAAAGAGGAUGUACUGCUUGAAUUUCUAGAUGGUCACAAUGUGUAUGAAUUUAUUGACCUAAAUAUCUUGUUAAGACUUGAAGAGCUGGAGCGUGAUAAGGGUCUUCUGCAAGCGGAGGAAAAAGGUGAUGACUUUGAGAUGGAUGGUGAAGCUGAGAUUAGGAAAAAAAGCUUGCUUAUUCAACAACAUAUAAUGAAGAAAAGAAGCGCAGAAAGUUGGCCUGUUGUACAAAGAAAAUUUGACACAGAUAUACAGUUUAACACAGAGAGAAUGGGCAGGCAGCUAUCUUCUUUGGGGCUGGAUCCAUCUCUUGCAAUUAAUUAUGCUCGUAGCAAUUCAAGGGGCUGGAAAAGGGAGUGA